CAAAUAAGUAUUCCCUUCCAUUACCUUUGACCUAUAUCAAUAUCACGUGAUCCUUAAAACAGCGAUGACCUCUCGUGCUAGCUAGCGGUGGCUAACCAGGGGAUCUUAUGUUAACAUUUCCAAACUGUGCACAACAUUACAUACAAUGGCCCAGACUAAAGAAGAUGAAUAUGGAUACGAAUUAUUCCCGGAGAGGAACGCGCGAAAGUUCAAGAAGGGAUCAGUCGCGGAGAGCCUGUUCACAUUCAACCACAAGUGUCAGGUCAUGUUACAGUUCGCAGUGGAAACCAGUCCGUAUGCCAAACUCCUCCUCAGUGCCAUGAAAAGCUCAGGAUGCAAAGUGUUAAAAGACCGACAUUUCUCUUGUGAAGACUGUGACGGGACUGUCAGCGGUGGCUUUGAUGCAGCUUCUUCCCAAAUCGUUUUGUGUCAGAACAACAUCCACCAGCAGUCCCAUAUGAACCGUGUGGUCACACAUGAACUCAUUCAUGCCUUUGACCACUGUCGGGCCCACGUGGACUGGUUCAACAACUUCAGACAUCUGGCUUGUUCUGAGAUUCGGGCAGCUAACCUCAGUGGAGACUGCUCCUUUAGCAAUGAAGCUGCGAGAUUCAACUUUGGCUUGAAGCAGCAUCAUCAGGAGUGUGUCAGAGGCCGUGCCCUGCGCUCCAUCCUGGCUGUGAGGAACAUUGGCCGAGAGGAGGCGGAGAAAAUAGUCGAUGAAGUGUUUGACACAUGUUUCAAUGACCACGCACCGUUUGGACGAAUCCCGCACAGCAAGAAGGAUGCUCGUUUUGCCCACAGAGAUUUUGAGAACAGAGAUCGAUAUUAUGGAAAUCUUUAGUGUUUUCACAUUCUCAUUUAACGACCCAGUGGUGCUGCGAUUGGCGGCGACGCUGACUAGAGUGUCAGAGUCGUGAUCAGUGUGACAGCCUCAACAGAAUGACAGCAUAUCAGACACAAUCAUAUAUCUUCAGAUGGGAUUUUUCAAAGAAUGAUUUGUCCUUGGAACAACAAAGGAAGGAGCUGCAGUACAUUUCGUAAUCAACUCAACCCUUUGGACAUUAAUUCCAUAUAAAGGGAUUGUCAGUUUGUCAUUUGUUUUUAGUUGAUCUAUGGGUGCUUUUAAGGAAAUAACAGGAUUUCCUUUUACUGUGUGUUCUUCAAUUAUUUGCCACAUUGACCUCCACUAAUGUCAUGUAAAUAUAACUGACUGCUUAAAUUAAACAAUAUCAACUCAUGUUCUAAUUAAAGUUUGAUGACUGAAAA